AUGCCGCUAUAUCAGCCAGCCGUCUUGCAGAAGAACUAUGGUGAUGGCCAAGUUAAGACGAAACUGCUUUUUGAGGCAACCAAGAUUCCCCCCGACGUGAAGACCUGUCCGUGUGGAGAGAAAGCAACCACAGCGUUUGGUUGCCCGAAGUGUGCGACGGUGUUUCGGCCACUCAGGAAGCAGAACAAGAGGUUCAAUUCUGAGGGGCUCAAGCUCUCGGCCACUAUUAGGGAUGCCGUACUGGAGUACCCAAUAGCGGACUAUGAGGCUCAUGAUCCGACCUACAUCGACUUGGUUGAGGAGGAGACAAUCGCCAAUGACAAGGUUGGGACACCGUUCUUGCUUCGCUAUGGUGUUACUACUUCGAAGGAAGUGCCGCAUUACCGCAAGAAUGCGAAAGCAGUUGACGUUGAUUCACUCAUGAAAAUAGCAGCGGAGUUCGGGGUGACUACAAAGAAGAAGUUCCGAUCGCCGGGCGAGCUACCGACCAGUUCCGAUGCCACUCGCGAGGCGAUGGGCGACGAAUGGCACCAACGCGACCUGCAAAGGCUGCACGCGAACGGGUCGAGUGGAACUCUGGCUCUUGGCGCGGUGGCUGGUCCUGGUCUGAGACCAGCCAGACUGCUGAGUCUUCGGCUCCGGCUUCCGAGCGUGCCGGUGGAGCCCAAAAGGGGCCAGGGCCAAGGGCGUGGCCGUGGAAAGAGCUCCGGCUCCAACAACCGCGGCGAGAGCCAGAACACCAGGGAGUACGAGAGAUGGAAGGCGGACCACGCUCGCAUGCUGGCCGCCGAAGAGGCACAACGCCGAGCAGAAACCAGGCUGCAAGAG